CCCUGCUCGGGCAGCCCUUCUCUCCCGCUUCCCCAUGUCCUCCCUGGCUCGCGGCCUGGAGCCUGCUGUUCUCCGAAAGUCAAGUUCUGACCCCGAACUCUGCUGUCCAGGUCGUGGCCUUAAUAAGCGACUCCCUUAUUAAGCGGCUCCUGGACGUUUUUAAAUUCCCUGCCCUUCCGGAUGGGCACUUUGACAGACACUUUUUAAAAAUUAAGACGCAACUGAUUAAUAAUCAUGGUGUGGAAAUGGGCGUCACCCAGGGGUUGACAAGCCCUGGAUAGUUUGCAGAAGCCGUGAUUGUUGAGGAGACACUUAAAUUGUACUGAGUGACAGAUUGAAGUGCUGUAUUUUGCAAAGAGUGCUGAAAUAACUGGAGUUCGUUCAGAGACCAUUUCCGUGCCUCAAGAAAUCCAAGCAUUGCAGCUGUGGAAGGAGCUAGAGAUUCUCCAUCCUGGACUGGCCGAUGUUAGAAACCAGGUGAUAUUUGCUGUUCGCCAAGAGUAUGUCGAGCUUGGAGAUAAGCCACUCCUGCUUCAGCCCGGAGACGAAGUUGCCAUCAUCCCCCCAAUCAGUGGAGGGUAAUGCUUCUGAGCCAUCUAGGAAAGAUGAGGAUGAGGUUGAAGAGAAACCCAAAGACAUAAUACGAUUCACUGCCGAGAAGCUUUCAGUGGAUGAAGUGUCUCAGCUGGUGAUCUCCCCGCCGUGUGGUGCAGUGUCUCUCUUUGUAGGGACUACAAGAAAUAACUUUGAAGGCAAAAAAGUCAUUAGUUUAGAAUAUGAAGCAUAUCUACCGAUGGCAGAAAAUGAAAUCAGAAAAAUUUGUAGUGACAUUAGAGAAAAAUGGCCAGUCAGACACAUAGCGGUGUUCCAUCGACUUGGUUUGGUUCCAGUGUCGGAAGCAAGCACAGUUAUUGCUGUGUCCUCGCCUCACAGAGCUGCGUCCCUUGAGGCCGUGAGCUACGCCAUUGAUUCUUUAAAAGCCAAGGUGCCCAUAUGGAAAAAGGAAAUAUAUGAAGAAUCAGGCUCAUCUUGGAAAAGAAACAAAGAAUGCUUCUGGGCAGCUGGUGACUAGUCAAGUUUUGGUGCGCUAAAUCUUAAAUUAGAUAAACCAUCUCUUAGGUUAAAUGAAAGGAGAAAUAGCAAAAUGCAUGAAUGAGGCGCUACCUAGGAACUAAAGAUGGGAAGAAAUGCCUUAAUUUAGACAUGAGAUAAGGAGUCUGUGACAGACCCGUCCUUCUGUGACCAACCGCUAAUGGUAGCCAGCUCACAUGAGCUGUCUUAGGAAGACCAGAAUUGUUAUCAGGCCUGUAUAAAAGGCAGAAUCAGAAAGUCAUUGUCAGCUUUGAUAUUACAUAUUUUACAUAGCUUAAAAGUGAACCUAAAUAAAUCAUAAUCAUCAUUUAAGCAGCUUAAAGCAGAUCCUGUUUAUAAUCAGUGAUAACCCCUAAGAAUUUUAUUGUUGCAGAGACCACUGUGACUUCAGAAACUAUAAUUAUAUAAUAAAGCUUUUUAUAUUUCA